AUUGGUGCAGAUUGCAUGUUAUUACCAGACUUACAGUCUGACAUUGAAGGUGAAGUCACUUCUCCCACCACUUAUAUAUUUCCCGAACACCUCCUGUCUGCCAUUGGUCAAAAAAACAGAUAGCCCCGCCCUGAACUUACAUAAAGUUGAUGUCUGGAGAUAGUCUGGAUUUUCAAACAAACAGAGCCUUAGGAUCUCAUUCAUUAAUAAUUGUGUGGAUUAUUUUGUAUUUGUACGCACAGGUGAACUCAAAAAACAAAAAAUCUCCACCUAACUCACAAUGUGCAUAUGCAUAUGAAUUUGCUCUUAAUCUCUGGUCUUUAACACUAUUACAUUGGAUUGAAGAAAAUUAGUAAUUACCAAACACGUAUUUUGUUUGGUAACAAGUAUUUUGUUUGUAUUUUUGACAGUAUUUUUACUCUGAAAUAAAAUACCAAGGAAAUUACCUCAAAUGAUUUCACAUAAAAAUACAAAAUGUGGUAUUUUUUAUGUAAGCGAUAACUGUAGGUUGUUGUUUUUCCAUUUCAUCUCAGACGGAGCGCAGAUGGAAAAGUACACUUGUACUGUUGUGCAGUCACAGUGUCGUUUAACACAUCUAUCAGUUUCAGCAUAUUUCUAUGAUUUAUGCAAAGGUGAAAUCCAGACAAACAUUGUUCUUCUACAUUCCAGAAGUCAACUUCAAAAAACUUGGUGAUGAUAACCUGACACCUUACCUUACACUGUGUAAAAACCCCUGCCCUAAUUUCCAGCCAUACUUAAAAGGUUCUCAAUCAAAGAGUCAUCGCCAACCCACGUCAGUUCCCAUGCACGCCUACUCAUCCAAUGGUGUGUGGCUGAAUAGUCAUUUGAUGGGACUGUGACUGGAAAUUGGCCAGUUGUGACUGGAAAUUGGCAGCUGCAGGUGGCUUGGCACAGGCCUCGAUCCAAACAUUCCUGCUCAUACGCAAUUCAUCAGUCAUUACAAAUGCUAACAGGGUCAUGGCUGAAGCCUAUACUUAGUGCUACCUGCUCCAUAAGUGCUUCUGAACUAUUUAGAAUUUGACCCAGUUGCGACACGCAAACGUAAAACAUGCAAAACUUACAACUUACAACUACAACGUAUCUGUAGAUUCAGUAAGAGCAACCCUGUUAAGUUUUCCCUUAAACUGGACACCCUGAUUUAAACAUCUAAAUAUUAGUUGUUGCGACACAUGCAUCAACACUUGUUGAAACGGUGAUAUAAAUAGAUGUUUUGUUUGGCUAGAAGUGCUGCUUCCCUUCUCUUUUGGGCACAAUGUAUUCAGACUACAGUAGGCCUAGUACAGCUCCUUCAGUCCUUUAGCCAGAUUUACAGACCACAGUUGUACAAUGCGAAUACUUCCCAGGGCACAGGAACAACAGAUGGACCAUCACCCCUCCCCUAUUCUUGGCAUCCUAACCGUACAGUAUAAAGCUCAAAGUUUGGGGCUUAGGCUAGUCGUUUGCCAGUGGACAACAAGACUGGAAAGAAAACCAAACCUAUUAAGUGAAGAACUGGUUGAUUGGAGUUGAGAAGUCAAUGAUGAAGACACAAACCCAGGACACCCCAAUAAAACAUCAGGGGCUCCUGAAGAGACAAAGAGACAUUCUGGCUUUCCGAAUGAAGAAGCUGUCGUCAAAACAAUCUGACUUCAAUAGCAAGACUGCAACUCUAAAAAAGAAGAUUAAGCAAAAAUAUGAUGACAUGAAGAGGGUUUUGGAUGAGGAUCUUAGAAUUACACUAAGUCAGUUGGAUCUUGAGACGGAGGCCAUGGAGAGAACUGUUGAGGACAGCAUUGAGAAGUGCUACCGCCUCACGCUGGAAAUCGAUCAGCAGCUCGCUGAACUAUCUGCACAGAUGGAGAAAGAUCAACAUCUGGCUCAGGAGAAGAUGUCAGAGGUGGAAGAAAGAAUAAUGGAGACUCUGAAGCUGACCGAUCCAGAGUUAAUACAGAUGGAUGAAUUUAAGAGUGAACAGCUGCUCUGCUUAACCAUCAACCUGCUACUGUUCAUACGUUCCCAGGUUCCUGUCACCAAGAAACUCUUCCAAAGCUAUGCCCAAGAUGUUGUUCUGGAUCCUGACUCUGCUCACCCAAAACUGAUUGUUUCCCCUGAGGGCGACUCAGUCUCUUACACUGAUACCUGGCAGGAAGUAUCUGAAAAUCCCUCUCGAUUUGACACCACCCUGAAUGUGAUUAGCCGAAAGAGCUUCACGGAUGUUCGCAACUACUGGGAAGUGCAGGUUGCUGGAAAGACAUACUGGGAACUAGGCCUCACUUACUCUAAAAUCCCCAGGAAGGGCCGAGAGGAGGACUGCUGGUUGGGACGGGGCCCAACGUCAUGGUGUGUUGAGUAUUUCAAUGGCGACUACACAGCCUGGCACAAUGGCGUUUCCCAUGAGCUCACCCAUGUAAGUGGGAGAACCUUCCAGCGCAUUGGCAUCUUCUCCAGCUCAGAGGGAGGUUUGAUUUGUUUCUUGGGGGCAGACACCAUGACGCCCUUGUACAGUUUUUGUGCAGGAACCUUCACAGACACACUCUACCAGGCUGUAUGUCCUGGCCAUGAGAACCAGGGGACAAAUAGUAAACCGCUGCUGAUUUGCGAUGCCUCGAAAUCCUCCCCCACCUUGUGAUAGACAACCAAUGAAGGUUUGGGACUGAGUUCAUUUAUGUGAAAGAGGUUGUUUUUAAGUGUAGAUUCAGUCGGAAAAUGUUCCUUAGCUUUGUCUUGUUCCUCAUUUGAUUAUUGCUAGAACGUAUAAAAUCAUCGGCGCCCUUUUUUUGUAUUAUUUUACUGUACAGUAUAAAUGGGAAAAUAUGAGUUUACAUGUCACUAUGUUUUCCCCAAGUUAAAUUACCAUUCAAACAUUUGGGGUCGUAUAUAUAUAUAUAUAUAUAUAUAUAUAUAUUGAUUCAGCAAGGAGACAUUACAUUUACCAAAGGUAAAGACAUAAUUUUUCACAAGAUCAAAUAAAUGCUGUUCUUUCGUCCCGAAAAUAAUAUAAAGUGUUUUGCAGCGCAAAUACAUUUACAUUUCAGCCCAUUCUCAUCCUUUAGCGUCAUAUACGUGACGCUAUAUGACAAAACGGUGAAA